AUGUGUGACCUCACCCGUUUGAGUAACGUGGGGACAUCCACUGCAAGUCUCACUAUGCUCUAUAAUGCUCUAUUAUCACUAACGGCAUUUAUGUUUUGUCUUAGUCUUUUCCUGGUGCACAGAGCCAGUGUUCUAGAAAAUGACUUUCGCAAACUCCAAGGGGACAUAAUGCUACAAUUAAAUCAACCACAUUCUGAGGGAGUCAAUGGGAAAAUGGCCAAGAUGUCUAAAACAAGGGAGGACAUUAAGCCAAGUGUUUUCCAAAAAGCUCAGAGUUCUCUGAAGAUAUCUUCUAGGAGAGUAAAAAGGGAACAGAACAGCUGCAGAGUUCCAACAUCAUUUCUGCAGUUUCGGGCUAACACCAACAAACAGCCAGACAUAAGAGGAAAUAUAACAGUGAUCCCUUGGACCAUUUCUGCACAGCAAGGAAGUACAAUUUCACAAAAGAAAAACAGAAUUGUUGUCCAAGAAGAUGGAUAUUACUUGGUGUUUGGACAAGUUUUGUUCGAAAACCCGAGCACAGUUAUGGCUCAUGUCAUACAAAGCUGGAGUUCUUCUGAAGCAGGGACAAAAUCAACACAGCUCUUGUGCUGCAUGCGAGAGAUGUCUGAUCAAACCUACGGCAAUACAUGUUAUAGUUCAGGCACAGUGUAUUUGCUUCAGGGUGAUGAGCUGGAGCUGGUGAUCCCAGACAGGCCAGGAGUUCUGAUCUCUACAGACCCAGAGUCAACCUUUUUUGGUGUCAUACAGCUAAACUGAAACAACACAGCAUGGGGAUGAUAAAUAUGCAGCUCAUUGAUGCAGGAAGCUGGGAACUGACACUGAGCUGUGUGAGAGGAUGUUGAUAAAGGACCCGAGUGACAGCGGCAGGAAAAGUGCCAGAGCAUGUUAUUAAUCUCAGGAAAAUACAUAAUGAACUUUUUAAAUGAACUGUCCAUGUCCAUCAUCUGUCGUGUUUUUUGGGUAUUUUUGGAAUCCGCUAGCUUGAGUGCAUUAAAUGUUUCAUUCAGGUGGCUCUCCUGCACGUGUCUAUCCUGUGCCAUUGUUUUUGUGUGCCACCACCUCCUUUCAUCGGUCUAUUUUCGCAUGUCUCUUUAUACCUUGCCGGGGGCUUCCCUCCUGCUCCACCUACACGCUGUCAGCUUAUUUGUUCCUCUCAUCUAUUUUAGACCGGUUUCCGUUUUUCCAAAGACUGUGUCAGGAACAAACAAAUGUAUAAAUUUAUAUCGCUCAGGAGGUGUUUUCCCGGUGGACACGGAAAUCCACAGCACUGUAAAUACUCGAAUGUAAAAUUAAAGUUGUUGCAAGUUGAAUAAUAUGCUUUUCCACAAUAAAUUCUCGAUUGGUAUUUCA